AUGGCGGACAAAGAGAAGAAGAAGAAGGAGAGCAUCUUGGACCUGUCCAAGUACAUCGACAAGACGAUCCGGGUGAAGUUUCAGGGGGGCCGCGAAGCCAGUGGAAUCCUGAAAGGGUUUGACCCACUCCUCAACCUUGUGCUUGACGGCACCAUCGAAUACAUGAGAGACCCCGAUGACCAAUACAAGCUCACAGAGGACACCCGCCAGCUGGGCCUGGUGGUGUGCAGGGGCACCUCGGUGGUGCUCAUCUGCCCGCAGGACGGCAUGGAGGCCAUUCCCAACCCCUUCAUCCAGCAGCAGGAGGCCUAG